AUGGGAAAUGAAUCAGAAGAAGUAGAGAAAACUGAAUGCAGUUUUAAAUUUCACGAUUUCACUACAACAAUUGACGAUUCAUCAAUUGCGUGUCAUAUAAUUAAAAUGGAAAAUUGUCUUUAUAUAUGGAUUGGUGAUUCUAAUGAAAAUGCCAUGAACGAUUUGUCUUUUGCAAUUUCAUCACCAUAUGAAAAGUAUCCACUUACAACGAAAAUUAUGGGGUCAAUUUCCAAUGAAGCUUCAAGCAACCUUGCCAAGAGGCUUUCUAAAAGACUGUCAAUGGUUGUUUAUGUCAGUUUUAAUGUGCAGGUUAAGAAUUUUUCUUUACUUGCUAUUGAGAAGAGACUGAGAGAUGAAUUUAAUGCACAUCCUGAGAUAUUGUAG